AUGUCUGUCUUAAUUCUGGACGACACGGACCCAUCAAUUGUGUAUACCGGCCGUUGGAAUAGAGCAGGCUCUUCCAACGAGUUUAAUCGGACCACCACUUGGACGCUUUCUGCGGGAGCGUCAGCGAGGUUGAGCUUUCGCGGAACGGCCAUCGGGGUCUUUGGGACAAUCAGCACUCGCCUCCGCAGCUCAAGAGAGCCGGAAUCGACGUACCGCAUUGAUGGCGGCGAUCCUGUGACGUUCAGAGCGACCCAGACGGACCGCACCCAGUUCACCCAGCAGUUCUUUCAGUCCCCUCUCUUACCGGACGGCGAACAUACUCUCGAAAUCACCCAUCCUGAGACGACCGAACCGGUCUUCCUUGAUUUCUUCCGCCUUAUCGGGACACCAAUCGAGCCGUCCAGUAUCUCCUCCGCGUCGUCGGCCAGCACCAGCGCGUCCAUUUCCAGCACGACUGACAGCGCGAGCAGCAUCGACACGACGAGCAGCGUUAGCACGACGAGCACGAUUGCGACGACGUCCAGACUGCCCAUCACAGUCACUGUAACCGCGACGCCAAGCGCAAGUUCCAUACAGGCAGCGACUGCAGCCGAUUCCCAACAGUCACCAAGCUCCAGUGCUGGUGCCUUGGGCGCCACAAGCGGAUCAUCGAGCUCGGCCAAUGCAGGCGCUAUCAUCGGCGGUGUGCUCGGCGGGAUGGUUUUCCUUUUUCUCCUAAUAUUCGGGCUCAUGUUCUGGCGAAGGCGGCGGCGAGGAGCAGACGUCGGGCGGACGAAGAGUAUCGUGAGCUUCUUUAACCGCCCGCCAGCUACACCGGGCGAGCCCUUUGUUCUGAGGGACCCGCCUAGACCUGAUCGUCCACCGAUGACCCAGGCAACUGGCAACAUGCCAGGGUAUGGCUACGAUCAUGAAUGGCAAGGAGGAUAUGCUCAAUCCUUGUACGGCAAUGCAUACCCUUCUUCGACCAGUGUGUCGGCCUACGGUCAAGCCCCUCAGACAGCGUACGGAACGGGUGGAUACCUCCCGCCUUCACAGCUCGUAAAACAGCACAAUGAAGCCAACCGCAUGCCUAACUAUGCCGCGACCACCGCAGAUUACGGUUAUGGCUACGGUGUUGGGCUCGGUGGUGCCGGGAUGGGAAAAGAGGGUCGAACGCGAGUGCGUUUGGACUGA